AUGUAUAGAAAUGUUAUUAAUAAUUUGAAAACAAUUAAACUAAAUUACAAUCUGAAUAAUUUAAAUAAUGUGAGAAAUGUAAGAAAUUUUGUAACUAAUGUUAGAAUUGGCAAUCUGCCAAAUAAUAAGAUUCUAUUAAAGUUUGUCAAGGUUGGAUUCGUAUCUGCUCUCUUCGGGUCCGCCGGAUAUAUCGGAUACAAUUUAUCUUCUAUCCCUCUUAAUCAUAUAGAUGAGGAAACGUUCGAUGGUAAGGAUGAUUUGGUGGUUGUAAUCUUGGAAAAUAAGACGAAAUAUUCAAAGCAGGAAAUUGAACGUUUAAAAUCAGUGCUUCCUAAGAAUAUAAGUCUCUUUUAUACCAUAAAAAAGUCAAACACCGGAAUGAGUGUAAUGUUAUAUAAGGGAAUGAGGAAGAAGUACUACCAGACACUGAAUUUAUUGGAUGACAAGGUUCUUAAAGAAUUCUCUUCAGAAGUAAACCUCUUUUUCCAGCCACAAUCUGAAGAGAUUCAUACUUUCCAUGAUUCCAUACCGCAAUUCGUUACUUACAACUCAUUCAACAAAGAUGUGAUUGAGGAGUCGAAAAAGGCGCCGAUAUUGUUACAAUUAUUUGAAGAGAAUUGUUUCCUUUGUUUUUUAAUACGUCCGUUUAUAAAUUCAGUGAACAAACUCCUGAUAUCAACUAAUAAUCCUUUACGAAUUAAACGCCUGAAUAUUGAGUUGAAUGACUUUCCCAAAGGCUGCCCAAUCACUAGAGCCACUCCAACAUUUGUUUAUUAUGAUAAAGGUUCUAAUGGCGUUAAAUGGGAUGAGUUUAAACCUAAAGAUUUCUCAGAAAAACUUUUUAAGACAACUGUGAUGGAUGAAAACAGUAAAAAGUAUAUAGAGGAGUUGGCAGAGAAGAUCCCAGAACGUUUUAUGUUAUUUGGGAAACUGGCCCUUUGGUUGUCUGAAUCGCAAAAAAUGCAAGAGCUGAUCUUCAAAUCACAGUCAAACGACUUCGAAUUGACCAGCGAUGAAGAUUUGUACAAUAAAUCAAUUAGCCUCCUCAUGGAAAUUGUAAUAUUAGUAGUAGAUAUGAAGAGGAUCGAUGAUUUGGAAGAGAAUCUGGAGAAUUUGAAGGUUGAAAUUGACUCUGCUGAAAAAGAUUGCCUUGCAAUCGCACAAAUCAUGGCACUAGAUAUCAUUAAAUCAGAAACUAAUCUCGUUUCAUGA